AUGAGUAAUGAUCAAUCGUAUAAUCAUAUAACAAACAAGUACCAAUCAUCGUCAAAUCAGGAAGAUGGUAUAGAUGCAAAUGAUGAAAAAUCACGACAAACUCCUCUAGUUUUCUUUAAUUAUCAUGAAUAUUUAACAUCUCAAGAUCCAGAGAAUAAUCAACCAUCAUUAGUUAUCAAUCAUUUCCCCAACAACCACGUGAUUGAUAACAACGCUGACAAUUCAAAGAAUACAAGAAUAAUUAGAAUCCCAAGGAUUUAUCAUAGUACACCUUAUUCUGAUUUAAUUCCUCAAUUUUCUUUAUCAUAUCCUGGAGAAGAAGAAGGUGCAAUAAAAAUUGAAAAUGAUAAUGAACUGAUACAACAAGAAGAAAUAAUUGGGAUAUAUGAUGACAAUAAAUUUGGAACAACUUCAAAAGUUAUUGGUUUACAAAUUGAUGAAGUUUUAUUACAUAAUAUUAUAAAUCAUAUUAAUCAAUCAUUAUAUAAUGCAUACAAUCCAUUUAAUAUUUAUAAUUUGAUUGAAAACUUAUUAAAUAUAUUCACAGGUGGAUUAUUCAUUGAGUUUUUGAAUUUAUUUAAAAUUUAUACUCAUUCUAAGAGAUUAGUUAUGAGUUUGGAAAAAUAUAUCAUAAAUACUAAUAAAGACCUCGCGAGCCAAGGUAUAGACUUAGUUGUAAUAUCACCGAGAAAAACUGGGUAUUUGUCAAUCGACUUGCAAAUAACAAGACCAUAA